UCCAGGCACAGGCUCAACAGUUCAUGAAUGGACAACACUUUCAAUUGCCGCCUGCAUACGCACCGGGACCUAAUAUGGCAAUGCCUCCACCGGAGAUGCACGCUGGUCUGCCCAUGCAAUUCACGAAUGGAGUGCCCAUAGUCAAUGCACAAGGCGAGCUGACUAUGGCAUAUCCUCCACAAAUGCAACAUAUGCAAUUUAUGCAGCAGAUGUCUGCGCAACAACAACAAAUGGUGCACCCGGCCCAUUACGGUUUCAUGAGCAGCUCUGGCGCAUCGCCUCCAAUGCACGUCACGUCGCAGAUGCCGAAACAGCCGUCGCAGCCUGCAUCGGAACUGUUUGUGCACGAAUAUAGUCCCCCUUCGGACAUCAAGCGAGCUGCGACACCACGGAGAACGCCUGGGGAUUCAUUACCGAAAACCUUCACGUUUGCUAAUCACACACCUGAACAUUUCGAGAAGGAAAAGAUCAAGAAAGAAGCCAAGGCGUCCAGCACCGCAUCCAGCAGUCCAGAAAGUGCUGCAUCGAGCUCAUGAGCGUGCUCUAUUCCUUUUUGUCCACCAUGCAUAGCACACGGGUGUAUAAUGGCGUUAAGGGUCCUAGCGACGCAUUUAUUUCUACGAUAACCAUCAUUAGCGACUUGGAGUACAAGGGGACUGGGAAUUUAAAAAUGACACUUAGGCGUCGAGAUGAUAGCCUCGCGUAAUGUGUGGAGAUGGCAGCGCAUCCACGGCUGAAGAGACGGAUACGAAUCAUUAAUGAACACUAGCGAGAACUUGUAGUAUAGUGCUGGAGCCCUGGACGAAAGGCCAAAGUUGCCUGAUCUUUGACGGCUUUAAUGUGAGGCGCGGAGACGCUCUCAUCGAUUUGAAACAAAUACAAUCUAUGGUAUAAUAUGAAAUCCAAAAUUUUCCAUC